AUGAGUAAUACAAGAGAGUUGGACCAGUUGACCGUUUCGGAGAGGUUCCAACUUGCGCGUGAAAAAUACGAAGACAUAGCCAACAACUCAACUGUUCGUCAAGAUUCACUUGAUUAUCAACAACGUCUUCAUGAUCUCAUCACUGAAUUUGAAUUAAUUUUACAAAUCGUCCAAUCACUUUCAUUGUUUAGUGAUAAUGAGCGACUACUGGAACUCACUACCUCGUAUAUCCCCUAUUUGAACCUAUGGUUUUACUUGUCCCAAUUGCAUUCUCGACUUCAAUUAAAACAAGGCACAGUAUCGCUCGAGUUUAAACCAGAUUAUUUAUCGCUGGCUAAACUGUAUGCUAUUGAGUUUCUAACUAAUUUACAAAACUAUGGAAUUUUAGACCACGAUCAAUCACAGAGAUUAAACCUUAUUGAUAAAGGUGAGGAGAUUAUCAUGUCGCCUCAAUUGAAAAGACAAGAAAAGAUUGAUAAUUACAAGAAGGAACAACAAUUGCAUCAUCAGUUGGCAGUAUUGACUGAUUUGAAACAUGAUUUAAAUGAACGAUUUGAAGAUGAAACCUUGAAAGCAAUAUACAUCGACCAAUUGAAAUUCCACAUUUUAAAAGCAUUUGAUUCAAUAGGAUUAAUCACCGUGGAGUUGGAAGUGCUUUCAAAUAAACCUCCACCAGGUUCCUCAACAAAUUCACAGGAUGAAAAUGGUGAUAAGGAUGGCAGGUUAGCAAGUGCCACAACAACAAGUGGUGAUGAUCCGGCAGGAUUCACAACAAGAAUUGAACAACGUCCCGGUAAACAAAUAUCUGAUCUUAUUUCCAAACAAGGCAAGAUCCUUCAACCAUUUACAAUAACUUCUAAAUCGCAAUUACGCAAUCGUGUUUUUGGUACUGGCCAAGUAUUACCAUCAAUGACGGUUGAAGAAUAUUUGGAUUAUGAGUUGGCCAAUGGGAAAAUGAUGAAGGAAGAAGUUAAAGAUGUGAGUAAAGGAUCUGAUUAUGAGAGUGAUGAAGAUGAUGAAGCACAAUUGGAGAAAAGGCAGUGGGAUGAUUGGAAAGAUGCAAAUCCAAGAGGUGCAGGAAAUAUGAAGGCCAAUAUUGGAUAA